UCUGGAAAUCGCAGCCUGACGCAAAAGUAUUCUGCAUUCAGAUCAUCAAAUGGCUAGAGACAGCUGCCUCACUCGCGUCACCACCGGAGCCGCCCUUGGCGGUGCUAUCGGCGGCGCCGUUGGUGCCGUCUAUGGAACAUAUGAGGCUGUUAGGUAUAAGGUUCCUGGCCUCCUAAAGAUUAGACAUAUUGGGCAGACUACUCUGGGAAGUGCGGCUGUAUUUGGUUUGUUCCUUGGUGCUGGUAGCUUGAUACACUGUGGACGGUAAUCAUGUUCUUCAAUGAAGAAUUGAUCUCAGCCCUCAUACCCUCUUUCCCUCUCAUUUCUCAACUCUUUGAUUAGUGUAUGCUCUGCAAUUUAUUUUAACCUAGGAAGAUAGAAUACUAUCGGGCUCCAAAAUAACUUAAUAUCUGGAUUGUUGCUUGGAAAAGCUGUGGUUUGUAUAUCUCGUAUUUUCUCUCGUCAGAGCAUCAGAAUUUCUUGUGCUAAAGUGAUGCGUGAUUUCAUAUAUGGCAAUUUAUGGUGUUGAAUAUGUGGCAAUUCUCAUUA